AUGCAGAUGGAAGUUGAUCCAGGGAUUCCUUACAUCGGAGAGGUCUGGAUGCUGCUGUCCAUCCAGAUCUGGCUCCAGGCUGGGACAAGUUGGCUCCGUGGGGACCUUGUCCUCCUUCCCACAGUGGUGGCGAUGCUUCUCCUCUGUGCAAGUGCUGGUCCAGCAGUACCCACUGCCAGCUCCCGGAGUGGGUUCCCCGUAGACUGCAGCCAUCUCCGCAAGACCAGCCCCAGUGGGGUGUACGUCAUCCAGCCGGCAGGGUCUCCCCCACGGGUGGUGUGGUGCGACAUGGACACCGAAGGCAAGGGCUGGACUGUUGUCCAGAGAAACUCUCAUGAUACUGAGAUCACGUGGAAGCAAUCCUGGACCACCUACAAGUAUGGUUUUGGGAACGUGCGGGGCGAUCACUGGCUGGGCACCGAGUACCUGCACCUCCUGACGCAGCAGGGCACCUACAAGGUCCGCUUCAUCGUGCGGAAUAAAGUCAAUGUCACCCAUUACGCCGAGUACGACAUCUUCAGGGUGGAGAGCGAGGCUAGUGGUUACCCGCUGAGACUGGGCCGGUUUUCUGGUGAUGGGGAUGACUAUCUGACCAGCUAUCACCCCAAGAAGGGGGGCAUACACGACAACAUGAAGUUCAGCACAACUGACAGGGACCAGGACCAGUACAGUGGGAACUGCGCCAACAGCUACGGGGGCUGGUGGUAUGACAGGUGCCAGAACGUCCUGCUCAAUGCCAAAAAACACAUCCUUUGGCCAGGGUUCUGCGAUAAUGGCGACUGUGCAUCCUCCCUCAUCCUGGUCAAACCCACAGAUGUGUGCUGA